AUGCAAACUCCAAUACUAGAGAAGAAUCCUCCAGUAUUAGAGAGGUAUGAUGGCUCAACGGAUCCCAACAAUCAUCUUAGGAUCUUCACCAAUGCAAUGGCGUUCUACACGGACAAUGAUCCAGUCAUAUGCAGAGCCUUCUCCUUAUCGCUCAAGGAUGAAGCAUUGGAGUGGUAUAACACUCUUCCCCCAAACACAGUGGAUUGCUUCGUCACUGUAGAAACCCUCUUUAGAAGGCAAUACGCCUCCAAUCGGAAACAGGAGAUAACACCAACAGAAUUCGUAAAUACUAAACAGGAGAAAGGGGAAACUUUGAAAGCCUUUAUGAAAAGGUAUAAUGAAGUCGCACAACGAGUUAAAGAUGUUAAUCACACUUUUGUUAUCAGCAACCUGCCUUCAUGUCUAAGGCCAGGAUAUUGUGCUGAAAAACUAUAUGCGCGACCACCAAAAAUAAUGGAUGAACUUCAGGAAAGGAUAACUGAGUUUGUUCGUAUGGCAGACAUGAGAAGCUCACGGAAGAAACAACAGAAGGAAGCUUCUACAGGCAGUAGCGAGAAAGGUAAGGUCCUUCGUUCGAAGGAUUUUUCCCGAACGCCCAAGUUUACGCACUAUACAAUGCUUAAUGCGCCGAGAGCAGAAAUUCUGAAUGAAGCCCUUAAUGCUGACCUCCUCUCGGUCAAAACUGUUGUUACACCGAGAAACACGGAUGGAAGGAAGCAUUGUCAAUAUCAUCAGAACCGGGGACAUACUACUCAAGAGUGUGUAACACUAAAAGAUGACCUCGAGAAGCUUAUCUGA